CAAACUGCAUGCAGUUUGGUAUUAAAAUGUUUCCAGUCCCACCGUCGUGUUGUUACACAUCUGAGAUGACAGGUCCGCGCCGAGCAGCUUGAACCGACCGGAACCUCCCGUAGACCACCGGGACCGACGCCGCAGACGGUUCACCUCAUCACAGCUGUUAUUGUCCAGGUCGUGUCCCCCCCCCCCAGUGGUGGGCUUGAGACGCCAGCUAACGCUUCAGCUGCAGGUCGGACGGCGGCGAGGCCCCAACCGAGACACGGGACGCGGGGGAACCAUGGCCAACAUCGCGGUUCAGAGGAUAAAACGGGAAUUCAAAGAGGUCCUCAAGAGCGAAGAGACGAGCAAAAACCAGAUAAAGGUGGAUCUGGUGGAUGAGAACUUCACAGAACUCAAAGGGGAAAUCGCAGGACCACCUGACACACCGUAUGAAGGGGGUAGAUAUCAACUAGAAAUUAAAAUUCCAGAGACGUAUCCAUUCAAUCCACCCAAGGUGAGGUUUAUCACAAAGAUCUGGCAUCCCAACAUCAGCUCAGUCACAGGCGCAAUAUGUCUGGACAUUCUCAAAGACCAGUGGGCGGCAGCUAUGACUCUGAGGACAGUUCUCUUGUCACUACAAGCCUUAUUGGCAGCUGCAGAACCAGAUGACCCACAGGACGCAGUAGUAGCCAAUCAGUACAAGCAGAACCCGGAGAUGUUCAAACAGACGGCGAGGCUCUGGUCUCACGUCUAUGCAGGAGCUCCCGUCUCUAGUGCGGAGUACACACGCAAAAUAGACAAACUCUGUUCCAUGGGCUUUGAAAGAAAUGCAGUAAUAGUGGCGUUGUCGUCGAAAUCCUGGGAUGUGGGGUCAGCAACAGAGCUCCUGCUCAGUAACUGAAUCUCAACACCCCCCCCCCUCCAUCUUCCUCUUGAUUCUUCUCUUCCCCACUUCACACACUCUCUCCUCCAAAUUCCAGCUGUCUGAAGGCCCCUCUCUCUCUCUCUCUCUCUCUCUCCCCUCUGUGUGGCAUCCCUCAUCCCUCCUCCCUCCUCGUCACCUCUGCUGUAACUCCCACACUCCAGUCGGUCGCUCUGUGAGCUCUUAUCUCUGGUUUCUUUAAGUCCAUUCAACAUUCCACUCAGAACUACAAUCAAAAGUCCAACCACAUUUCCACCCCCCUUUGAAUCAAAUGCCAGACUUAAGACCCCACCCACACCUGUUAGUCUCCCGGCUUUUCUGGCUGUGUCCAAGAAGCGGCUGUCAGCAGCUUAUCUUUGCCUAUGCAGUGCAUUUUAUUUUCAUUUGUGGGAACCUUUUGUAGGAGAAAGUCAAGCCAUUCAGGGAGGCUCUUCUGGACCUGGACCUGAUUUUGACACACUUUGGUCUUGCUUUCUAAACAGGGGAUUAGCCGAGUCCUAGACUUUUAAACUGGUACCAGAGCUACCAUCACUCACACAUUAAUAAACACGCACUUUGGGCUACUCUAUGUUGGUAUAGGGUUCUCUAAACUUUGUAGUAAGAUGAAUUUUGCCAUUAUAGGGAGUUUUUGCGGCACAAUGGUUUGUGAAUGAGUGUAAAUGGUUGUUUCUAGGGUUUACCCGCCUCUCAACCAAUGUCAGCUGGGAUUGGAAUAGAUGAUGAGUUUUUGAUGUCAGUAUAAAAUAUUUUUUCCAUAACAUUUGGACAUUCAAAAAGAAAAAAUGGUGUUGAAGUAAUUCCAGCGCACCUAGUAGCAAAUACGAAUUAUGAUUUUAUGACAGAGUCGGACGAAGCUUGUUCCCUGUUCUGUAGACCAGAUCCUAAAGAGGUACUGAGGUGUAGACACUCAUCUUCAUGCCACGUUUUCCCCACUUCAGACGUCUGAUGAACCCAAAGCCCCCCACUCCCUCCACCUGUCCCUUUCCCCCAGAUUUUUUUAAAGGAAAUUAUUUGGUUUUGGUCGCCUCCCACAGGAAUUCAUUUGGAUUCUUGUUUUUAAAACCAAGAGAAAACUAAACAAACAGAGAAAAAUAAUAAUGUUCAGCAGCAACACAACCUUACACAACCUGUCUGGAUGGGCAUCGUUCCAAACGAGUUUAAAAAUUUGCAAAAUAUUGCAUCAUCUAAACUACGGCAACAGAUAAAUGUCAAAAAUGAUUCAUCUGUAAAUAAAGAUAUUAAAGUCUGUGUAAAUUAAAUCCAAA